AUGGCCUCUGCGCAAUUCCAAUUCUUCGACGGGAUGUUCGGGCAGCGGCAACAGCAGCAACAGCAGCCCUCUGGCGCAUCACAAUGGGCAACGCACGCAGACAGCACGUCAUGCUCUGAAUACCUCUGUCCGGCAACGCUGGCGUGCGUGACCAGACCAGAAGAAUGCCCCUGUCCUCACGUUCAGGACGUCAAAUGUGUCGUUCCUGACGACCAGGAUAGAGAUCAUGGGACUGUUUUGUGCGUGAGAGGAGGGAGCGACUGUGCUGCGGUCGAGCAGUUGGGCAAGAAGUUCACAAAGUGA